CCGCCCAUGUGACUGUUCAUUUCACUUUCAGACACCUUCUCUUCGCAAACGCAAAAAAGAAAAAAAGAAAAAGACGGCGAGGUGCUGCUUCAAUCCCUCGGCUAACUUCGAACCUCGCCAGAAAUGUCGGCGCCGUCUCCGGCGACCAACUCUACGUCACCUCUUCCUCCGGUGACUAACGCCACGUCACCUCCCCCUCCGGCGACCAAGGCCACGUCACCACCUCCUCCGGCGACCAACGCCCCAGCGCCUACUACUCCUUCUCCUCCGGCCAACGCCACAACACCUCCCCCUCCCCCUCCCACAGCGCCGACCGAGUCUCCGCCGCCGCCGCCGUCGCCGGGGAGUGGGACCUUGCCGACGAAAACGAAUGUUGCGAUUAUAGUCGGGGUUGGGAUUGGAGGGUUCAGUAUGCUAGUUUUCGUGUCGAUUUUCUUCUUUUUCUACAGGAGACGGAAGAGGCGGCAGCAAGGGAGGCCAUAUGAGUAUCCACAUGAACCUAAAAAUGAUCAAUUUAGUGGCCAACCUCAGCAUUUGCAACAGAAUUAUACUCCUCCACUGGCAGACAAAGUAGAAAUAUAUUCAAAGCCUGCUCAUUUUCCAGUACCAUCUUCAACCAGUAGCAGCUUGAGCUCUGAGAAACCACCCUCAGGACAAUCUCCGGGCAUUGCCUUUGGAUCAUCGCAAAUCACAUUUACAUAUGAAGAGUUACUGAUGGCAACAAAUGGUUUCUCCAAUGCCAAUCUCCUUGGUCAAGGAGGAUUUGGUUAUGUUCAUAAAGGAGUCCUUCCAAAUGGGAAAGUGGUUGCAAUUAAGCAGCUGAAAGCUGGGAGUGGACAAGGGGAGCGUGAAUUCCAGGCAGAGAUCGAGGUCAUUAGUCGCGUCCAUCACAGACAUCUUGUUUCACUGGUUGGACACUGCAUUAGCGGGGCCCAAAGGAUGCUUAUUUAUGAGUUUGUUCCAAACGAUACCUUGGAAUUUCAUCUGCAUGGAAAGGGGAGGCCAACUAUGAAUUGGCCAACAAGAUUGAAAAUUGCCCUAGGCUCUGCAAAAGGAUUGGCAUAUCUCCAUGAGGACUGUCAGCCCAAGAUCAUACACCGUGACAUCAAGGGAUCUAAUAUUCUUCUUGACUGUAACUUUGAGGCAAAGGUUGCAGAUUUUGGACUUGCCAAGGUUUCUUUAGAUACAGAUACUCAUGUCUCCACUAGGGUCAUGGGAACUUUUGGUUACUUAGCUCCUGAAUAUGCAUCUAGUGGAAAGCUCACCGAGAAGUCAGAUGUCUUCUCAUUUGGGGUUGUUCUAUUGGAGUUGAUAACUGGACGCCAACCAAUUGAUAAAACUCAAUCUUUCACUGAUGAUAGCAUGGUUGAGUGGGCAAGGCCUAUGCUUGCACAAGCAUUGGAAACAGGCAACUUUGAUGCUAUUGUUGAUGUAAGGUUGCAGAAUGACUACAACACUGGUGAAAUGGCCUGUAUGCUUGCUUGCGCUGCUGCUUGCGUACGUCAUUCUGGCCGACGUCGGCCACGAAUGAGCCAGGUAGUUCGAGCUUUGGAAGGAAAUCAUUCUCCAGAUGAGUUAAAUGAGGGAGUUAUACCGGGUCACAGUAAAAUAUACAGUUCCUACGGAAGCUCAGACUACAACACUCGUGAAUACAAGGAAGACUUGCAGAAAUUCAGAAAACUAGCAUUAGAAAGCCAAGAGCAAGAGCAAGAGCAAGGAACUAGUGGGAUUAGUGGGCCUAGCAGUGAGUUUGAUCAGCACCAAUCUGCCUCUAGUGAUGAAGGCCAACAAACCUCCCAAGAGAUUGAACUUGGGAAAACGAAGAAAAACACCCAUAAUUUGAGUGAAAGCUCUUGAAAACUGAUCCCCCAAAACCUUGGAAAAACCAAUUUCUCCUGUUCUACACCCCACAUCCUUCUGAACUUUCCAGAAUCACACACUAUGCCGUGUCACGUUUACAUGAAAAAACACUUCUGAUGGUACAUUUGGUAGAUUAAAUGUACUUUUUUCAGCUAGAUUACUGAUUUUUGUGGGAGUCGCAUGCUCAGUCGUUUGAAGAAUUCAAGUGUUUCUAUACCUCCCAAGAGUUUGAUUGAAAUGUCCAUGUGAAGAAAUCUUUUUAUAUAUUGAAGUUAGGAACAAUUAGGAGGAAUAAUUCUGUAUGUAUUAUGGUGGAUUUUUCAUUGUUAACAUUAACGGUUGGUUAGUGUUCAAAUUUUGUUGAA